AUGGAUAUUGGUCUGCAUCUUCUUCCCUGUGACCUCUUCAACUGCAUCAGUCCAUCGCAUGUGCCAAAAGAAGAAAAAUCGUUUAAUUCCUAUGGGCAGUCUUCAGAGCGGCGUGCCACUUUCCAAGGGGUCAUGAAACUUACUGUUAUGCUUGGUCAAUUUGUUGGACUUAACCCAGUUCUUGGAGUUUCUGAUGUUGAUAGUUCUAAACUAAGAAUAUUCCGUGGAUAUGAACAAGCAACCUACUUCUUAUACUCAUUAAUAUUUCUCAUUAUAAGAUCAUUGGCACUAUCACUUAUUGCGGCCAGAGUGCAUACUGUGAGCCGACAACCAGUAUAUACGUUAUAUGAACUUCCAUCAACAGAUUAUGGCAUUGAGGUACAAAGAUUUAUAGACCAAAUACACGGUGACACAGUUGCAUUGACGGGAUUACAAUUUUUUAAAGUAACCCGAGGAAUUGCUUUAGCGAUUGCAGGAACUAUUGUAACUUACGAGUUAGUAUUAAUGCAGUUCACUGGAGUCACUCCUGCCGCAGACAUUCAUACUGAUGACUCAACCAAAGUGUGA